AUGGUGAAGAAUGGUCGAGAUCCUCCGGAGAGAAACUUCUACUGUACAGAAAAAGAAGAAACUGCGCCACCGUUAAUGAACAUCUUUGAUGAUUUUAAGAGUCAGAUAGAGCGUGAAAUCAUGACGAUAUUUCUAAAGACUGCCUAUGAAUCACUGCUAUCCAUAGCGAUUUCAACGGAAAUCAUCGUCCCAGAAGAUGAAACACGAUCUUUGGAGAAAGAGGUUAUUAAGCUGAUGAAACUGAUGAAACUGAUGAAUCUUCUUGAGCCUCUUGGAAACAGAGUCUCUCGUUUAAUGGGUCUUGUGCGUAACGCUGAAGAACACAGAGAAAGAAUCGUCAAACGCAACCAAGAAUCAGAUGUUAGAGAGAUAUUCAAAAUUGCAGCCAGUAGGACUAAGACUCGGUUCCACAAGGCUUUGCAAAAGGAAUCAUCAUCUUCUUCAAUGAAAUGGGGUUUUACAGAGGCUAAAGAUGAAGUACUUUCUCUUGGGAUCAGGUUAACUCAUGCGCUCAUCAAACUCACGUUAUUGCGUGUUAAGAAGAACGACAGAGAGAAACAGUUGUUGCUAAGAGAUUGGAUCUUUGAUGAGUCUUACGAGAAACAAUCUGCUUUAAUGUACUUGUUGGACUAUCUUCUCUACAAGGCCGAAGAGUUCGCAGCCUCUGUUGUUGUGGAGGAGAGUGGCAAUGAUCAUCAUCGUCAACAUAUUCUCGAAGAAGAUAGGAUCGGAGAUGAUAUUCUUACAAGAAUUUCUGAAGCAAUCUUCAUCUUACAAUUGCUAGCCAUGAAUCUUUCGAGAAAUGUUCUUACGGAGAGAGAUUUGAUUGCUACAAAUGAUCAGCUUCUUCGAUGCGUUAGGGAUGUGAAAUUUGUGGAAAGUACCAUUGUUGUUCUGAUGAAGGGACGAUCUCUUAAGUUGAAGCAUAAAGGAAAACAGAGUUUGCUAAUGAAGGAGAGAACUGAGACUAUCUUCUGGGCGAAAGUGAAUGCAGAGCUGAACAAGUGUUGGGGUGAGUCUUUCUGGAAGUAUGUUGAAGCAGCAAGACACUUGGAAGCUGUGGUUUCAAGUCAACAAAUCGUCUAUACGCUCUGUAAGUUGUUCGUUUUCGGGUUUGAAUCAUAAGUUUCAGAGUAGGAGAAAGAGUGUUGCUUCUUUUUUGUUCGUUACGUGAUCUACAAGGAAGAGGACAACUCAUGUACUGACAACACAUUUUGGC